GCAGAACCAGAGAGGCCUGGCGGUUUGUGUCUCGCGGCUCAGCCUUGUCGGCCUUCCCCCGGGGCGGUUUACUUAGAGUCAGUCCCAUCGACUUUGCUACUUCAGUCAUCCUGUAGGGAGACACAAAGCCACCCGUUACUGAAUGCAGAGUUCUUCAAUGGACCUCGCAUUAACGGUGUUUUAUGUGCCGUGAUGAUCAUUGGUAUACAACAAGAAUUAUACAAUUCACAGCUCCAUAUGUGAUGGUUAGCCAUACGCGGAAAACAAAAAAAAAGGUUAUUUACAUCAAUAUAUGUAGAUGAGUUAGUAAUACUAAGUGUUCUUAAUUCAUUUAAUGCAACACACUAUGUUUACAUGCACUAAAUAUUCCGGUUCUUGCCCUUAAUCCUAAACUGUUUAUUUGUCUAAUAAAAAUAAUUAUACCACCAACAUUCCCAUUUACGUAAACAGGAAAGAGGCUGUGAGUCACAAACUGCAGAAAACCCCCCCCCUUUGAGACACGCAUUCUAAAUGCGCUGUAUGUUUUUUAAACAGGACAUAUAUUACAGUUUCCAUAGACAAAUGCCUUCUAUUCAUACCUGGCCUCCGUGAUUCCCAGGUCGCGGUGCAGUAACGUGAGGUCGCCGGUCAUGUGAGUCAUGUGCAGCAGCAGGGCCAGGGAGUACGCCGCUAAUUUGGCACGCAUCGAUGACGACACUAUGUUAUGGACCCUGAAGAAGAAGGUAAGGAGAGAAAAAAGGGAAAUUCAGAGGAAAUGUUUUUCUCAAAGAAAUCAGUGUAACAACAAUUCUAUUUGUAAGACCUACAUGCUCUGUUCUGAUAAAUGCAUCUGGGUGUAGAAUACAGACAAAAUAUGGACGUGGUCUCUGUGGCGUCACACUUAUACCAGGCUGUAAACAUGCUUUGUCCGCUGUACAUUUGGGCAUUUUAACAUGGGGGUCUAUUGGGCAGGGCUGGGUCAUGUGAGGAAAAGCAAAUAGUUUUUACCAAAUACUUUAAUAUCAACAUUGAGACGAUAUUGUAGAGUUAUAUAUUAAAUAUUUACACAAGAUUUUUGAUAAAUAAUAAUCAGUGGUGUGGAUAUAAAGAUUAAGUGGGUAAAGGAAAACAAUGCGGGAGGGGCGGGUUUGAGCAGUCUGGUAAGUUCAGUUAAAUGGUAUCACUUCACCGUGAUGCAGCCGUUAAAACCAGAAACAGACAUAACGAUAUUCUAAAAUCUCAGACAAUAUCUAGAUGAUUAAAGUGACAAAGUUCCGUCCUACCUGCCGUUGUUGAAAGUCUCCACGGUGAACGUUUUGAGCAGUUUGGUCUGAACGAUGCGAGGGCAGCCUUCCUCCUGCCCAACUGUUGGUGGAAACAUAAAUCACAGUUAGCCUGCCAGUCCAGAGACAUGUCUGGGAACACUUUUGACACGCGCGUGAUGAAGGCAAAAAUAAAAACACAACUCACACUUGUAGUAGACGUUCUUCUGUCGCGCCAGCUUGAGGAGCAUCGACAGGUAAAAGGCGAGGCGUGACCCUCUGUCUCUGGCUUCACCCACGGUCGGCAGGUUCUCCAGGUGCUUCGCCACACACAAGGACCUGAAAGUGCAGACAACAUCAGAACGCAAGGAAACAAAUUAAAUGUCUCAGCAAGCGUGAGCCCUUCGUCGCCCUACCCUCCGUCGUCUCGCAUCUUCUGCAUGUCCUCAGAGGUGAGUGCCGCCAUCUUGGAGCCAGCCUGCUCCAAAGCCCCAAACUCCACUGGACUCAGGACUGCGGGUAUCAAUUAAGGAAAAAAAAAAUAAACAAGCUUUCGCUCACACUACGUUAUCUUUUCAGCCCAUCUGCAGUUCAUGCGCGCCCUCGUUGACACACACACACACACGAGGAAAAUUAAGGAUACGGUCGUCAAAUAAGUAGACGUUCUCAGGUCUGUCAGCGGUUGCAUUGCAGGGGGGCAGGUGGAGAGACAGGUCUCCCUGGGCCUCUGUUUCAGCAACUUCCUGUUGGAGAGCUGAGGGACGAGAAAAAAAAAAAAAUAGAUUAACAGAAGAAGACUUUGUGGAGCUAGGUAUUUAAGUUAAACAUGACCAUUUUCUCUCCUUAUUUAUCCCAACCUUUCUUUGAGGUGGGCCCUCAGGUGACUGGUAGUAGAUUUAUAGACCACUAACUUCCACAGAGCUUACCUUCCAGACCCUUCUGGUUGAUCACGGUGUUGGCAGCCUUGGUCACCGCUUGAUGCAGGGUAUCACCGCCCACCUGAUUCAGCCUGCGGGAGCUCAGAGCUCUCUUCUGUUUGUUGGUGCCGAAUGCCUCAAUCAAAGAAUCCACCUUGAGAGGAAAACAAAUGCACAAGAUUGAGACGUUAGAGUUCAUUCUUCUUUUAUUCCAACUGUAAGAAGAGCUGGACACAUCCCAGCACCUUGUCUCUGUAGGUCUGGGUCGUGUCCUGGGCUUUCGGUUCCUCCAUAGCCUCUCCUGGUAGGACAGGCUGUAUGUUGAACAGCUGAGCCUCGUGCACCUCCAUUUGCAUGGUCUCCCUGUUUAGCACUCCCACAUAAUAUCUGCACAGACGACCAAACAGCACACGUACUACUUCUCUUCACGGUGGAAUUUGACCCACGAUCGCAACAAAUAAAGAACAAUGCGUCGACCUACUUGCAAAGGUUGUUGCAUUUCAAAGACCCGGAUCCGAAGUUAUUUCCAACGUAGGACAUUCUGCCUGAUUCCACAGCCUAGACACGGAGGAGACACGCGAGCAGCAAGGUUCAUGAAACGUAACGAUGCACACACCCUUUAGUGUGUGUGUGUGUGUGUGUGUGUAAACAGUGCAAAUACAUGAACGCUGCCACUCGUAUUUCUCACCAUUAUCCGCCUGCUCUUUUUCCUGGGGUUACUCUCGUCUGCGUUCUUGUACAUCGUGAAAUCCAGUUUGUCGGCAUUUUUGACGUUGCCGUUGGAAAAGCGGACUGUGAGAAGGCGAAACAUAACGAGGACCGUGUCGAUAUCUGGGUUUCACAGCACCAUGGACACAUAUCGAAUGGUUUACACGUUAACAGUGUUUAAUGGAUGCAAGUUGCGACUAACAAGAUAAAACAACUUUAUGAACAAUUUUUUCUCACUGGGUUCUCACUACCGAGCAAUGUAACUUAACACAAACUCCACUCCAGUAAGCACAACACUAAACAAUUAGCCCUGUUGCUAGCACCCACGUGUGCAUUACAAACGGGUGUUUAAUACAUAGACAAAAUUAAGCACCACCCAACAUUUACUGCAACCGUUCUAAUUACUUCAUUCUUCUAAAAACAAAUACUCGACAAACAAGUGUGAGACAGUCACCAAUAACAGCUUUGUCGGAAUCACUCUCCUCUUCGCAACACACCAACGAGCAGGAGGCAGCCAUAGUUGUUGUUGCGAGUUGGACGCAAGAGGCUUCACUCCAUUGUACUUCCGUUUUCGCUAAGAUGUAUUUCUGUCAGCUCACGGCCGCCGUUACGCACUGUAGAGCGGUGUAAAAAACGGCGCUUUUUUGGUUAACGAUGCCGCAAAAAGCAGCGUUUUUUAACAUAUAUCGUGUGAAAAUAGAGGCGUUUAAUGGGAAUUUCGGCUUUCCAUAGUUGAGCCGUUGAGAGGCAAUAUAAAUGCCCCCAAUCGUGUAUCUGCUUUACCAUAAUCAUGAACUGUACUUUGUGGGGGUCUAUGUAAACUGUAUCCAUUGAAAUAUUGAAAAUGUUUAUUUGUCCAAAACUUAGUUGACAACGAACAAUUACAAAAUAAAGUUAGAAAAAUACAUUAGCAGAAGGUUUACCACAGGGUUAAAUCAUAGGGUUAAAGGGUAUUAUCUUGACACUCUCUAUCACCUUUGAAUACACAUGCUUUUACCAGCGGCACCGUGUGGAGGCACGCAGAACUGCAGCCCUUCAACUCGGUGAGGUCACGGGCAUGGAAGUGAUGCACAGCGCCACCCUGGCCAUGGAUUUCCCGGGCCACUUUGAGCAGAUCUUCCAGCAGCUCAACUAUCAGCGUGUCCACGGUCAGCUGUGCGACUGCGUCAUCGUGGUGGGCAGCAGACACUUCAAGGCCCACCGCUCAGUGCUGGCAGCCUGCAGCACCCACUUCCGCGCGCUGUUCACGGUCGCAGAGGGAGAUUCCAGCAUGAACAUGAUCCAGCUGGACAGCGAGGUGGUGACAGCUGAAGCUUUUGCCGCCUUGGUGGACAUGAUGUACACCUCGACUCUGAUGCUGGGGGAGAGCAACGUCAUGGAUAUCCUCCUCGCGGCCUCGCAUCUGCACCUCAACAAUGUAGUCAAGGCCUGCAAACACUACCUGACCACGCGCACCCUGCCCGCGUCCCCCUCCUCCGACAGACCCCCCCACCACCACCACCACCUCCACCACCCGCAGCAGGAGCAGCAGAGGCAAAGGCAGCAGCUGCAGCAGCAGCAGCACCAAGUCGCAGAGACGGCGGUAAACCCCACCCUCGCAGCCAACGCUAACCUUGCAGCAAACGCCGCCGCGUCGAAGCUGCAGCGCUCCUUCCUGCUGCAGCAGCUGGGGCUCAGCUUGGUGAGCUCCGCUCUGGGUGGGAUGGAGGAGGACGGAGUCGGGAACAUGGUCGGCGGUAGGGUGGUGGAACAGAGAGCCUCCUUCCCGAUCCGACGCUUCCACAAACGCAAGCCCCCUCUGGCCCUGGGCCUGUCGGAGGAGAGGCCCAGGCAGAGGCAGCGCAGCUCCGGCCCGAACCUGGGGCUGCUGGGAGAAGAAGGGGCGAACGUGGAGCGGGAGGAGGGAGCGCUGCUCUCCCCGGACUCCCACAAGAUGGGCGACGAAUCCAAAUUGGACGGCGCAAUCGCCGGCCUGGUGGGGGCGCCCCAAGAUGACCCCCAGAUGCCCAGCCAGUCGGACAGCGGACACUGUGAGGGGGAGGACUCGGGGAGGAUGCAGGGAGGGGUGAGGAAGGAGGAGGACAUGGAGGAGCAGGACCUCCAGGUCAACAGAGCAGGGGUGAAGAUCAAAUCGGGGGCAGAGGAGGAGGAGGCAGAAGAACAGGAACAGAAGGUUGUGGUUAAACAAGAGCCGCUAAGCUCGCCGGAGCCAGUGGACGAAAUCAGCGACGUGACAUCGCAGGCCGAGCCCGGAGGCCAGGAGGAGAAGGCGGAGCUGAGCCCGGAGAGCAGCGACCACAGCUUCACCUCCGAGCCCCAGCCCAGCUCCGAGUCCCUGCUGCAGCCCGGCUCCCAGCUGCUCCUCAAGAGCGGCAUGGCAGGAGGAGUCGGAGUCGGAGGCUUCGGGUGUAAUAGCGGGCUGGGUGGCAAAUCUGGUUUUAGCAUCUCCAGCUUCCUCGGCCCCAAGGAUUACACUGGUGAAGACGACCUCCCCAACACGACGACUGGCGACGCAGUGGCGCACCACUUCCUGCUCAGACAGGAAGCUGGCAGGCCGUUCGGCUCGGCUUCGUCCUCUCUCCUGAAGUCGGGUCCGCUCGGUGGCGAGAGUCGCAGCGGUUUUGGAGACAACCUGCAAGCCGAGUCUCUGUUCCUCCGUCCCCUGCACGACGGUUUGGGGAACCACAGAGGAGGUGGGGGAAGUGGCGGCGGGGGGCGUGGAGGGGGAGAUCCCUUCGGUCUGGACUUCCAGCGCUCCAGUCUGGGGCUCCACUCCCUGGGGCGAGCAGGCGCAGCGACUGCCGCCGCCCUGGGUUACCCAGGUUACAGACGCAUCGCUCCGAAAACAACCACUGGCGCGGGAGGAGAUGAAGGAGCCGUCGGCCUCCUCCAGGACGCCGCCUCGUCCUCCUCCUCGAGCCUGGCGAGUCCUCUGCUGCUGAACGAGAGCAGCGGGUACGGGAUGGACGGCGGCAGGCCCACCUCCCUCCUCCCGCAGCUGACCCGCGCCUCGGCGGACGUCCUGUCCAAGUGCAAGAAGGCGCUGUCGGAGCACAACGUCCUGGUGGUCGAGGGGGCUCGCAAAUACGCCUGCAAAAUCUGCUGCAAGACCUUCCUCACGCUGACCGACUGCAAGAAACACAUCCGCGUCCACACGGGAGAGAAACCCUACGCGUGUCUCAAGUGCGGCAAGCGCUUCAGCCAGUCCUCCCACCUGUACAAGCACUGCAAGACCACCUGCCUGCGCUGGCAGAACAGCAACAUGUCUAACGCCCUGCUGUAGGGCCGACGCCGCUGCAUCGGAGUGGGAUCAGUGAUGAGCUAGAUUCAAAGCCCCCCCCCCCCCCAAAAAAAAGUUUUCUGAAGCUGUGACAGAGCAGGCGGAUGCGAUCAGCUGUUCCCUCCUGAUGACAGACCAAAGAUAGGGACGAUAUUGUCAUGUUUUCAUGAGAAACCCACACUGUCGAGGCGGCUAAAGUCCUAGUAAACACAUUUAGUCGCAGAAGGACAACAGGGAUGCAAAGGUGCCACAUGUGUUGCUAUGGAUUCAUCACAGAAUAACCGAAGAUAUAUACAGUGUAUAAUCCCCUGAGAGUUUCUGACUGCCAGUCUAGACUUUAGUUGUGAAGCUGCUACACUGUUAGCUAUGUUGUCUUUAUAGAAGGUGUCAUGUGAGUGAAAUCGAUCUGGUGAGGUGGUCCCUUUGUGCUGAACGUCUACAGUUGGCGGUGCGCUUAUUGAAGCAGAGUUAACUCACUAAUUUUUCCACCGCACGUUUGUGAAACGUGGAGCAGCAGCCCGCAUCAGACUGGACUGCAUAUCGACCGUGCCUUGUUCUGCACGAGGGCAGUCGUACAGACGGCGGACCGACGGAUUUGUGUGCCAGAUGUGAUGCCUGUAAGUGUUGAGAACUGUUGAUGGCUGUGUGCUGCUGGUGCUGUACUGUAAACUAAAGGUGGAUCGAGUCCGAUUCAACUUCAACCGAUGGAAAAGAUGCCGGAGAAUCUGGUGUAUUGUUGCAGCGAAAACGCCGUCGACUGGACAAAACAAUAUCAACUUUUUUGAAUAACCGAAGUGAUGAAAAAAAAAUCGCUGCAUUCACUGGGCCUUGCAGUCUCUUUUUGAGAAAUACUAAUAUUGCAUUAUAAUGCUUAUUUUAAAUAACGACUUCACACGCUGUAAAACGCACCUUAUUUUGUGUCAUUACCUGGCACCUUUUUUGCGAUUUUUCAAUUGUAUCAAUUCUGGCAUUUCCCCUCCUUAUUGGUUACUGACCACAGAAGUCUUAGCUAUCUUAACAGACCGUCCACACACAUGUGUUUAUUAGAAGGGUAAUGAAGAAGUGCCGAGAGGCGGAGUCGUCUAAAGAGAAAUGAUUGGCUGAGGUUCAGCACAUGCUGAAAAAGGGCUUUAGAAAUGUAAAUAUUGCACAUUUGUGGUCCGUCACGACAAAACAACUCCAGAAGAACUAAACAUUGUGUGUCAUUUUUGCUACUGUACGUGAUAUCUGUGCUGUAUACACACCCCCGUCUUUGUACAUCUUGCGAAAAGCACUUCUACAAAUAUUAACUAUUAUGUUUACUGGACUGUUGGAUGUGGAAAUGUCGCUGUAUUGCAAUUAUCCAACUCCACCGGCUCUCAAGGGGGUUUUCAAGCUAACGGUCGUAGCAUUUUUGCUAGCAGGUGAUCUAUAACACACAAUGUCCACAGUUUGAAAUCAAACACGUUGUGAAAAGUCAGAAAGUAAUUUUUACAGGGUCUCCUGUCAUUUUUUCUUUUUCUUUUUUCAGGAGUUUUAGCUGUUUUUUAAUGUGUGUAAUUUUAAUGUCAACCUGUAUCUGCAAAUCCAUUCAUAUCCAUUAGAGUUAGACUAAAAAAAAAAAAGAACAGACAUGCAUUGGUAGAUGGUUGUUUGAUUGAAAUCAGUGUUCAUGCCGUGUCGUCGACUUCUGUUUAAGUGAACCGAAAUGGUAGAAAAAAAAAAGACACGUUUGCCUUUUUGUAUACUUGCUGUAUCGUGUCUCCUGCACUGUCGAUGAGAAACAGGCGGUCGUCGCUCCCAUUCCUAGUCUGCACCUUAUUCUACCUUGUUAGAGUCAUGGCACUUUUACCAAAUGUUAACGGAUAACUUUCAUCUUCAGGAGAGUCGUCUCCGGUUUAGAUGUAGAAUCAAUGGUGAAGUCGUGAUUAUGCUCCUGAGAGUCCUCCGACAUGGCCUGGUGAGGGCCAUUAUGGUGCUGUCUUCUAAAAGCUUUCGCGUAAACUCUUAAUGUGAACCUCUGAAAAAUGCACUGACUGUACUACCCCCCCCCCCCCCUUGUAUGAAUAUGCCAAAAUGUUCAAAUGCAUUAAAAAAACGAUAUUAUAAAAGUCACUGCCUUACGCCCUCUAGCUUGAAAAGCUGGGCUUUUUGUUAAUAUGCCAAAUCUGAAGUACUUCUGUGUGUUCUUUUCUGUGUACCGAACAUAAUGUAAACUCGAGAGGACUAAAUGUUUGUCUCUUUGCUUUUGAACGCUAUGAAGAUUGUACAGUAUGUUCAGCUGUUGUAUAGACUGAUUAAAAAACGAGGAAAUUCA